UCCCUCCCCAGCAGGUAAGCCUGCAGGUAGCAGGAGGAGCGUAUGGGAGCAAGGGGCGGAAAGGUUGCGCUGAGCUCACUAUUUGCAUAGACCGUCCAUGGAACGAGCAACAAGAUCGUGUUCGUAUUGCGUUUAAGGAAGUUCUUCAAUUUCGGGAAGGCUAAGAUCUGCAGACUUGGGCAAUUGUACCCUACUUACCUAUCCAGCUAAAUAGUGGAUAAUUCUCGAUACUCGUGUGACUAGAACUUGCGGAAUAUAUAUAUAUAACAUUUAUAGGAUAGCUAGCUAGCUAGCUAUAUUUCGCAAACGUCAGAAUGUCUGUGCCACUCUCCCACGGAGUUUCGACCUACAGAACAGUGAGCGUAUCUUCGGAAACCUUGCCGGGCACCGCAUCGUCAACGGUCCAAUACACCACCAAUGAAAGCCCCUAUUCAAGCUACCGAACCUUGGGCGUCCCAGUCUCCCCUGUCUCCCCUGUGCAGUACGCGGUAAAUGGAGGCGCAGUGGACGGCAAUGUUGUCUACGGGACUUUGCGCUACCUGGUUCCGGUCGAGCGGAGGGUUAUGCCGACGGAAUCCUACAUGAUCGUCAACAGUGCCCCCCAGAUAAUGGCCAACCAGGCCGUAGCACCUAUGUACAUACGGGGCUACAGUGUGAGCAGUCAGGAUGGACUGGAAGUUCGGCAGCAGUCCGUUGUUGACGUUGAGAGUGUGAACGGGAAAGCGUCCUCGGUGGUGAGCCGCGUCUCCACUCCGCCGAAGAGCCCAGAGCCGGAGCCACAGGAGGAGGAGGUGGUGCAGGAGGAGGAGGAGGAGGUGGUGGUGGAGCCGGUGGUGCAGAGGGUCUCCAGAGUGUCGGUGAGGACGGAGGUCCCGCUGAUCGAACCCCAGGCCAAGCUGGACACGCGCUUCUUCGGCGAGCUGCUGGCGGACAUUUACCGCAAGAACUGCGACAUCCACACCUGCGUCUCCGAGCACGUGUCCAAGAUCCGCGGGCGGAAACAAACCUUUGACCCCAGUGACUACAAGGUGAGCAAGGAGGAAGUUGAAGCUUUGAUCCCAGAUGGCCUGUCUGAACUCACCAAGCAACAGAUCCGGUACCUGCUGCAGACCCGUAUGACUGCUGAUAACACCAUGAGACUCCUCCUCUCCACCUUCAGCACCCUGAGGGAGGAGCUGAGCCACCUGCAGGGGGACCUGAAGCGGCUGGAGAGCGAGAAGGAGGAGCUGGAGAGGGAUCUGAGCUUCAAGGCGGACCAGGCGCAGCAGUACGACCGGCUGCUGGAGUCCGUGCGGGAGAACAACCGGCAGCUGCAGGCCUCGCUGAAGGAGAGCAGCGCGGCCCAGAGGACCCUGGAGACCCAGCUGAUCAGCAGCCGCAGCAGCGACUCGUCCCUCGACUUCCGCGUGAAGGAGCAGGACGGCCGCCUCAAAGCGCUGGAGAAGGAGAACGAGAUGCUGCGCCAAAAGCUGGCCGGACAGGGCAGCAGCAGUAGCGUGGCUCUUCAGACUAAAACGGAAGAGCUCUCCAGGCACUACGAUCAGAUGCUGAGCUCCCUGAGAGAGGAGAAGGACAAGGAGAUGCAGAAUCUCAAGGCUCAGAUGAUGAAGAUGCAGACGGAGUAUUCCUCACAGUCCUCGGGCGACCGCAGCCUGCAGCUGCGCAUCACGGAGCUCAUCAGCACUCUGGAGCAGCGGGAGAUCAUCAUCAAACGGCAGGAGGAGGAGAUAAAAAGGCUUAAAACGGUUGAAAAGACUGACAGCUCCAGCUCCAGCUCCAGCUCCAAGAACGUCACCGUUGUCACCAAGCGGUAUAACACCAAUUACCCCAUCCUGGGCCUGCUGAGUGAUGACUACAAGUAUGAGGCCCCAAUAAGGGAGUCCAGGACUGUCGUCUUCGAGAGCUCAAGGAGGGUCUAAAAUCAGGAGUGAGCUGCAAGAAGACUUUGAAGUUGGGCCUUCCCUCUACACCGACUCCAACGCCCUUUCCCCUUUACCUCUCCCCCUCUCCAACUCUCCCCCUCUCUCCCUCUCCUGCUUUGCAUUCCUGUCCUCAGUCCAGGGUUUUUUUUAGGGGUUUGGUGGUUCAAGACCCUAAAAUCUUUGAUGUGGAGGUGUCCAUGUGUGGGGUGUCUGCAUGUGUGCGUGUGCGUGCAAGUGUGCAUGUGAGUGUGGUGUGUGUGUGUGUGUGUGUGUGUGUGUUUGUGUAUGUAUGUGGUGUCUGUGUG